UGUGUAGUGGCUUUUGGAACGCCUCCGUUUACUAGGGCGGGCCUUUUCUGUGUCGCUGCUACAGGGAUACCAAGAUGGAAAUCCAGGGGCUUUCUAGUGCCCAAAACAUUCACUCUCAACAUGGCGCCCUACACGCAACCACUUUGUCUCCACUGCGAUCAGCGACAGGGUCGAUACCUCGUUUUAUUUCCACCGAAAAUGAAGCGGAUACACUGUUGGAGUUGCCGGAGCCACACAGUGACGACAACAACAACGACACCAGGCCGAGGACAUCACCGUUUCACCUAUCGGCGGAAGAUGGCAGCGGAGGAGCGGCUUGUUCGCCUGUACCAACCGACAAAACCAAUUUACCGGGCAACGGACCCAAUCUUGGACUUUAUAACGUGAACACGGAGAAAGAAAAUGAGCUCGACGCAUUGCUUGGUUCGCAGGAGUUUAUAAGGACUGCAUGGAAACAUGGGGCAGAAAGUGGGGAGACUGUGAUGCAAAUGGCGCUGCCUCUGUUUGAAGGGGAAGAAGACCCGAUGCCGCCGCAGCGGAACUUAACGUUGCCGUGUCCAGUUUUACGGCAGCAGCAGCGUGAGGACUGCGCCUUCAAGCAGCUCUCACCGGCCAGCUACAGCGCUACUGCGCCGCCGGGGAGCUUCAACACGUUAAACAGGGCCGAUGAAACCACCCAGGAACUAUAUGUUGUGUUUAAUGUCGUUCAAGAGGAUGGCAACGGUGAAGCAAGCAAACACCGACCGGAUGUGUCCUCUGAAUGCGUCGAUCAAAUGAAAGGUAAACACCCUUUAGAGUGCUCUAACGUUACAGCAAGUCCCUGUGGCUCAAUGGAGGUGGCUAACAGCAGUGAAGCUAAUGACAACUUGAACUGUAUUGAUACCCAGGCCCUGAAAAAACCUCACCAUGUUUUCAAUUUACUAAGCGACAACUGUAACGUGACAGAUGCUAAACAGUCUGUCUUUCGCCACACCGUCGAAGACGUUGUUCUGACAAACAAAUAUGGCGAUAAGAUUUGUGGCCAGAUUUGUACCGAAAACAAUGAAAGUAAACUGGUCAGGGAGCUUUCGUCGCACUCUCGCAUUGACGAGAGCAGUGCCUUGAUUUUAAGGAACUCUGGUGUCGAGGAAGCCAUGGACACCUCGGACUUCAUUGCAGACUCAACGGGGUUGCAGGACAGUGCAAACCCUGACACGGCCUCCGCUAGUCCGCCUGCCAGUGAAACCUUUUCCGGGACUAUCACAAUAAACAACCAAAGCAUCAUAGUGACCAUAGAAAACGGCAUCCUGACUCUCGCUGCCCCGCCAGAGGGAUAUGUACACAAAGAGGAUGACAUGGUCAGCUUAAAGGAGCACCUAGGCAUGAAAGACCAUGAGGACAUUGUCCUUCUCAACUAUGACAGUGGGACUAAAUCCAUCGGGAAGAUCAGCACGCUGACGGUAUCCAGCUCCAGCCAGCAGGAAGAGCAGCGGCUGGGUCUGUCUGUGAGUGACUCUGAGUUGGCUCUGGUGGAUGACUGCUCAUUAUCAGAGCUGGCCACUUCUCUGGACUCCUGCCCCAUCAUCAAGCAGGAGGCAGGGGCUCUGUGUGCUGUAACAGAGGUUGAUCUGGUCACCCCGUCCCCCAAAGCCGCUGUGGCAGACUGUGACAGUGGGGACUUCCAGUGUGUACCACUAAUACGGUCCAAGAAAGAGACUGUAGCCUCUUUUGGGUGCCCUGAACCAGGCUGCUGCUGUACAUUUGAUACACGUCAGAAACUUAAGGUUCACCUUCUGAACCAUGCCGAGGACCCACGGCCCUACCAGUGCAUUGUAGAGGGCUGCGGCUGGGCUUUUGCCACCUCUUACAAGCUGAAGCGGCAUCUUCAGUCCCAUGAGAAGCAGCGGCCACACACCUGUCAGUUUGAAGGCUGUGGGCGGCGUUUCACCACCGUCUACAACCUAAAGGCUCAUGUUAAAGUCCAUGAGCAGGAUAAUUCCUUCAUCUGCGAGAUCUGCAGUGAGAAGUUUCGCAGUGCUACACGACUCACCAAUCACCAGAGGGUCCACUUCGAGCCACAGAGGCCCCACAAGUGUGAAUUCCCAGGCUGUGAGAAAACCUUCAUCACCUUCAGUGCCCUGUUCUCCCACAAUCGCACUCACUUCAGGGAAACGGGCCACUUCACCUGCACCUACCCAGGCUGCGACAAGACCUAUGACAAGGCCUGUCGCCUCAAAAUCCAUCUGAGGAGUCACACUGGUGAGAGGCCAUUUGUCUGUGACUCGGAGGGCUGUGGCUGGUCCUUCACCAGCAUGUCCAAGCUGCUCCGACAUAAACGGAAACAUGAUGAUGACCGUCGCUUUGUCUGUACAGAGGAGGGUUGUGGGAAAUCCUUCACCCGGGCAGAGCACCUCAAGGGUCACAGUAUCACCCACCUGGGCACCAAACCCUUCCAGUGCCAUGCAGAAGGCUGUAAUGCCAAGUUCUCAGCACGCAGCAGCCUGUACAUCCACUCCAAGAAGCAUAAGCAGGACGCCAGCACCCUGAGGACACGCUGUCCUGUGGCCAACUGCUCCAAACACUUCUCAUCCCGCAGCAGCCUGAAGAGCCAUGUGCUCAAACACCACCACCUCAGUCCUGAUGUUCUGAGCCAGAUGGAGACCACGCCCACCCUGACCCCCAGCAGCGAGCUCAUCAGCUCCACCCCAACAACAGUUGCCGGGCCUUGUAUUGCCGGGGGCGACCAUCUGACCAACCUGGACUUGAGCUCCCUGUUCUCGGCUGUGCCUGGCAGCGCUGCCCCCCCGGCUCGCUCUAACGGCACCUUCACCAUGGACCUGUCCCUGGUCAGCUCAGGCAUCCUCACCAUCGACCCCUCCUCCGUCGCCUCCACACUGGCUGCUGGUGCUAGCACCACGCUGGCCAAAGCUGUGGACCCCCUCAUCCUGGCAGCCAGUGCUGACCUGGGCCCCCACCCCGCUUUGGAAGGAACAGUGGGGGACGUCCUGCCCCCCCAGGGCACUCUCAACCUUGAUGAUGUGCAGACGGUUGUCCCAGAGGCCUUGGGAGCCCUGAGCGCUCUCAGCAUGCAGCAGCCACUCAGCGCCCUGAGCGUGGAGCCCCCCCCAUCGCUGGCAGCGGCCCCCGUCGCAGAGCUGCUGGCCUCGCCCUGCAAAGUGGUGGAGGUGGGGGGCCAGAGGGCAGCUGGGCCUCUGCUGAGCUGUGUGGAGGGGCUGGGACCUCAGGAGGGAGGAAAAGUCCUGAGCCAGUUUGUGUUCCCCGGUCCCAGCAGCAGCUUCAGCCCCCAGAAGGAGCAGGAUGACAGCGCCGCGUCAGCAGGCAGCUUCCUGGAGAGUGGAGGCUCCGCCAGGACUGACUACAGAGCCAUCCAGCUGGCCAAAAAGAAGAAGCAAAGAGGUCCUUCAGCAUCCUCUGGGACUUCAGGAUUGAGUCAGAGAAAAAGUAAAGGAGUAAAGGCGCCGAUGGCUCCCUCUGGUGUUGGUUAUGGUGAAGGAACUGCCGCAGCCAAUGGGGGCCUGACUCUGCGGGACCCCGUCACCGGCGCCCAGUACGUCCACAUUCAGCUGCUGCAGGAUGACCCAGCCAGCGACGGAGACCUGGCCUUCCAGCUGAGCUCGCAGCCCUCCAGCUCCCACUCUCAGCUCACUGCCGACCUGCCGGUCAACAUCCUACAGGAAGCUUCAGUGAUGACUGAGGACGACAACGGCUCGGACAACUCCCAGUUCACAGGAAGCACAAUCAACCUGCAGGACCUGGAGUGAGCGCUG